GUUUCUAAUCUGUGCUGAACAAUGGUUGCUUAGCAACAGCUUGUUUGUUUGAUUGAUACAUGAAAUGAAAUUAUAAAAAAAUUAUGUAGAUCAUAAUAGUGGAUUAAAUUUAUUGGAUCUAUUAUUUAAUAAAGCAAAUAUUAAAAUUGAUACCUGAUCUCAUAUUUAAUGGCGCAGUGCUCAGUAACUAUGGUCAACGCAGAACAAAAUUCUACUGAUAAUAGUAUAUCAACGAAAGAAUUUCUACACAUUGAAAAAGCCUGUGAGGUACCUAGAGAUAGUGAUGAAGAAAUUAAGAUGAUAUUUAAUGAAAUCAAUAAGUUGUCUGGUAAUGCAGAUAGUGAUAAAAUAAUUGGCGAAGACGUCGAGGAUGUGGAGCUUAUUCUAAAGAGGGCUGAAGAUAUUGCUCAUGAGACUGAAAAUUUAUUGAAAAGUAGCCCUAUCGCUGCUGUUAAUGGCAUCACCAAUGAUAGUGGAGCUAUACCUCAAAUUAAGGUCACGAAACCUAAUGAUAACGAAUCUAAGGCUGUAGCAAGUGCAAUUUCUAGUGUCAAUAAGGCCAGUCCUGCCAAGCAAAACAGUAAAGAAAAUAACGAUAUACGCCGCAAACCGAAGUUGAGGCCUUUCUCUGCUGGUGUUAUCGAUUCUAAGAAAAGAGAGACUUCGAAAGUGGCACGGUUCUCAACAAAUUCAAAUUCGCCGAAAAAAAACAGUAGUUGUAAGCAUGAAAAUUUAUUAGAGGAAUUGAAGGACACAAACGAAAGGGUGAAAGCUAUUGAGCUUCUAAAUGUUCAAUUGACAGAAGAUAACAAGUAUUUGCGAAAAAAACUGGACCAUAUUAAUGAGCAAAAACAUGUGACUGAUUUGAAAUUGUCUGAAUGUGAGAAGUUCGUGAGCAGAUUGGGUAAAGAGUAUGAGAACAGAAAUUCUGAGUUAAAGGAAAUAAAAGAACACGAAGGUAGAAUCAUGGCUGAGUUGAAUAAGGAAAGAAACGAAAGGAAAAACUUGACGAUUCAGCAUGAUAAAGAUGUUAUUGUUAUUCAAGAUCUGCAAAGACAAGUGAAAGAAAUGGAGAUGAUAUUAAAAAGGAAGCAUCCCGAUUCAGUGUCAGCUUUAAUAGUUGCAUCUAAGUCAUCAACAGUUGAAGAUAAUAAAAAAAAGUUACUUGAGGAUCGUAUCAUUCGUUUAGAACAAGAAUUGAAAGACAAGGAAGGUCAUUUUCAGGGUAUACUACUUACUUUGCAAGAAAAGUUUGGGGACAUGAAACAAAAAUAUGAGAACCACAUUAUUGACGUCGAGAGGCAACUCAUGGAGGAUCGUAAAAUUAAUAAUGAAUUAAAAAACAAAAUCAACAAAACAAACAUGGCCGAUUCUGCUGUUCAAACUGUGUCUAGACCAUAUCAAAGUGUAGCGUGUCAAACAUUUAUAAAACCAGAUAGAGCAUCUUCUGCUGUAAGUAGGUUGUCGCAGAGCUCUACACUUAUUUUAAAUAAAUUGAAAGAAGACAGUUACUUAGUGGCCACAAUAAAAGGCUUACAAGCCGAAUUAACAGUAAAACAACGUACUAUUGCAAAAAUUAACAGAGAAACUGAAGAACUUCGAAAGAAUUUAAGGAAUUUACAAAAGGAGAAAGAAGUAUUAUUGAAUUUGAAUCCACAAAAGAAGCCCGGAUGUAAACAGACAAAGUCAUCUGACAACAUAUUAUUGAGAGUGAAUACAGAAAUGGAAGCCGAACUUACGGAAGUACGAAAACAAAAGGAAGUCCUUACACAAGAACGAAGCAGCUUACUCGACUCUUUGAAACGGACAAACGAAGAUUUUAUAUUGCUGAAAAAGAAACGCAUACAAGAUCUACACACCCUACAGUUGGCACAUGAGAAGGAACUGAUGCAAAUGAAUAUGCAACUUUAUCCGUUACAAGAAGAGAUCAAACUGCUGAAUAGGACAGUGGAGAUACUCCAAGAGCGAGUGAGGGCUGCUGACGACAAACUCCUGAGGCACCAGGCUGGUAUCAAGGAUGUGGAAGUGCACGGAGGAGGAGGUGAUAAUCUAGGUAGUAGGAAUACUAAGAAGGAUAUUCGUUAAUAUUUUUUCACAACUGUCGAAUCGUUAUUUCAUACUUACUAAAAUUAUUCAUGUGAAAGUGGGUUUGUUUGUUUGUUAUCUCGUAGCGCCUGAACGGCUUAAUAACUCGUUAUGAAAUUUUGUAUACAAGUACUAUAGGAGAUGUAAAAGCAUAUAGGCUAAUUUUUAUCUCGCUCAUUGAAUUAUCCCGGUCAUGCGGACGAAGUCGCGGGCAAAUGAUAGUGUUACUUAAAUAUGAAAAAAUGGCACCUAAUACCAAAUUCCUUGUUUAAGAAUCUUUAAAUUAUCUCCGGUCAGUUAUUAAAAAGUAAUAAAUACCUAUUCUAAGUAAACCCGUCAUAAAAAAUAAAGUAAGCGAAUACAUUCCUUCUAACAUUUUCCUUAUUGGUCUCGUGUUCGUACUGGUGUUAUUUCUUAUUUUUAUUUGAUGCGCUAUUUACUAGAGGUGGGUAAUAUAUAAUAAUAUCUGUAUAUUUUGGUUGCAGUAUCUAUAAUAUAUAUUGACUCAGUAAUUAAUAUGUUAAAUAUAGGUUUUUCCGAUAUAUAAUAUUGAAAUGAAUGCACAUAUCCGAUUGGUAUGGGCGAUAUUGUUGACCUUUCUUUCCGUCGUUAAUGUCCCGAGGAACCCAAUAUAUAGAUAUCAGAGCGGAACCGAUAUUACCCAUGUCUUCUGUUUACUGUUGAAUUUUAGUACUUUUCUUCAUACUAAGACUUUCCCUACAUUAAUUACGUAUAAGUGUGGAGAUAUGUUUAUUUAUCAUUGCGUGGAUAUUAAUUAGUAGUAAGGUACAUUGUUGUAAGACACUUCUAAUUGUCUACCCGUUUAACGCCAGGUCAUUUACACAUAACCGAAUACCAACGGUCCGCUGUGUUAUAUCGUUUUUACUAUGGGCUGUUUCAAUAGAAAUUUAUAAAAAGGCGACUAAGUUUUCAACCGACUUCAAAAAGGACGUUCUCAAUUAGAUUAUACUGUUUCUAUAUUUGUUACCUCAUAACUCUGUAAGUUCUAAAUUGACUUGGAAAAAUACUUAUAUAUAUAUAUAUAUAUAUAUAUAUAUAAUAUAGGAUAUACUUAAAGAUUAGUCCAGUAGAAAUUUUAUCAAAAUCGGUUCAUUACUUUAGUUUUUACAUGAAAAUAAUUAGUUUUGUCACAAUUGAUGUUUUUUUUUUUGUGAGACAGUCUUCAAUUAUAUUGAAGUGAAAUUUAUAAAUUUGAACAUACAAGCAAUUAAUCGAUUUUCGAUUUCUGCUACUAUGGGACUUAUGUUUCGUUCGGAUCAACUAUUCAAUUGCUUAAAUUUUUAUUAAAUUUAAUAUUAAUUAUUAAUUAAUAGAAUUCUAUUUCAACAGAUUACAGUUAGGUUGUUUUAUGUUUCAUCUACAUUGUAUUAUUUUAUGUUGUAUGUUUCGUACUACAAGAGAAAGGGAAAAGAGUGAGGGAAGACUCUUGGGAGGAAAGAGAGAAUAAUGGUAUGUCGAAUUUUAAACCGGCUCCUUUAAGUGACUACUGGUAUAUGUUGAGGCUGUGCAUAAUAUCUAAAAAAUAUCUAAUAAACUAUUUUGCGAGGUGGACUUUUUAACAAAGUUAACUAUGCCAAGUUUCAAAUUAGCAGCAAUUUUCUCUAUUUUUAUUUUAUUUUUCUUUUUCUAAAAGGCAGAUUUAAUGUCUUAUUUUCUCAUAAUCACAUUAAAGUUGAUAUUGCACAUCGGGUACGAGCUUCAGCACCACCUUUGUGCGUCAUGCCGGGGCAUGUUUGUAUCUCUGGAAUAUUAUCUGCUGUCGUUGCCUUCACGGCUUAGAAGCAGGAAUUUGUCAAUUUUGUGGGUACACGUAGUCACGAUAGUUGUGUGUGUCUUUGUGUGCCUUUAUACUCGUAGUUGAUUAUAAGUAAAGAAUAAUUUAAAAAUGGGACCAGUAGUUUGUAAUGUGACAUGAACUUGUCAUUGUGUUCUUACGGGUGCCUAGUUAUAGAGUAUUUAGAACUGUUACGCACAAAAUACGAGAAAUGUAGGAGCAGUCAGUGUCAUAUAUACCUAUAUUAGUUACAAUCAGCUCAAGUGAGGCCACACAUGGAAUACUGUUCUCACCUGUGGGCAGGAGCGCCACAGUACCAACUCCUUCCGUUAGACCGCAUUCAAAGUCGGGCAGCUCGAAUUGUUGACGAUCGGUGUCUUACUGUCCGGCUCGACCCACUGAAACUGCGUAGAGAUGUUGCAUCUCUGUGCAUCUUCUACCGAAUUUAUCAUGGGGAGUGCUCUGAAGAAUUGUUCGGAUUGAUACCUGCUGCAGAUUUUCACCAUCGUACAACCCGCCAUAAACUAAAAUUUCAUCCCAACCAUCUGGACGAGUGGCGGUCCUCCACCGUGCGUUUUUCAAGGCACUUUCUUCCACGCACAACCACUCUUUGGAAUCAACUUCCAGCAGCAGUAUUUCCGAACCGAUACGACAACAUAACCUUCAAGAAAAGAGCAUAUUCCUUUUUAAAAGGCCGGCAGCACACCUGCAAUGCCGUAGGUGUUGUGGGUGACCAUGGGCGGCGGUAGUCACUUACCAUCAGGUGAGCCGCAUGCUCGUUUGCCCCCUGUGUUGUAAAAAAAAAAAAAAAAAUCAAAAUUUAUAUAACUGCACAAGUUGCCAAAAUGUCUCCAUAAAAUGAUCUUAUAUUUGUACAAUAAUAUAUCAUCGAUUUAUCAAACAUUAGAUAAUACGUUACACAGAUUAUUGUUUAAAUAAUCUAUCAAUUUAGGUAUUAUUAAUUAAACAUUCUUUUGACACUUGGGGGAUCCCAUACUAUAUUUUAAUACGUGUUAUAUAUUUAUAGACCUGACUGUAUGUAUAUAUUUGAACUCUGAAUGGUUCCUAUGAUAUAUUAUACGACGAUGUUUCUAGUCAAAGUUAAUAUUUUUGUGAGUGAAUUUCGCUUCUAGCAAUGUGAAGUCUUGCAGUGCCUUAAAGGUUGCGUCAGUCUUGAAUAAAAAUGUUAUUUUUCUUUACAAUGUUGUUUUAUUUGAAA